GCAAACAACGCGAGCCCGAAAAUCCUCGUUCCGCGGAAUUUAAAACAGUUUCUCCGUUUAUCGUGUUUAGCGGGCAUUUCCGCUUCCCUAUCGGCUCCGAAAUCAACGGGCUGUGAGCGUUUUUAGUGGUACGCGAUGGCGGACGAGGGAAACGAGGACAGCUGGUUGUACGGCAACUCGCAGCAGGACGGUUCGGCGGGAGAUGCCGGAGCCGGUCGUGGCGCUGGCAAAAACCCGCUCUGGGAUGUGGAGAACGAAGAGUCCUCGUCGAACGCCACCCGGGAGGCCGCGGCGGGUGAGCUCGGGAAUGGCCGACGGCGUGGAUCUAAGGAAGCAGGUGCGGAAGUCGAUGGUGACGACGAAACGGAUCUAGCCGGCCAUGAGCAGCAGUGCGAUGACAAUGCGAUGGACUCGAGCGAUCUGCGGCCGCACCGUGAAGCGGCCCCCGACGAGGAUGCACUUCUGGAGGAUUCACAGAUGAUGGAGGAGAGCAGCGCCAUGGAAGGGAUCGAGGCGAUGGCGAGUGAGCUGCCGGAGAAAGAGAAGAACCAAGUAUCAACGUUGGACGAAGGCGAAAUAGACGAUCAGGACGGUGAGCCGCUAGCGGAGGAAGCGGGUGCUACGGAGAAGAAGAGUGCUAGCGGUGGUAAGGACGGUACCGGCGAGGACAAAGGCAAGGGAAUGCUGAGCGAUAUGGAGAGUGACAUCGAUAGUGAUGAGGACGAUGAUAUCAACGUGGUGAUUGGUGAUAUCAAAUCUGGGCCAAGCUACAACAUCAUUAAGCAGCGUGGUCCCAUCAUGCCGAACCAGGCGGCCACAAAUGCGGCCGGCGUCACGGACAAGGCAAAGCAACCGGCCGGCAAGUUCAACAUUGAAGAGUUUGAAAGCGUUGGCGCGAUCAAUGGAGUGCCGGCCCACGAGUACAGCAUCGAUUCGUUGGAUGAGAAGCCGUGGCGCAAGCCGGGUGCGGACAUUACCGAUUACUUCAACUAUGGUUUCAACGAGGAAACGUGGCGGGCCUAUUGUGAGCGACAGAAGCGAAUGCGGCAGCAUGAGAGUGGCGUGGGGAUGGCAGGACUGACCAUCAACAACCCACAAGCGGCCCAACCGAUGAACAUGGGCAUGAUGCGCGAUAUGAGACGAUCCGGAGGACCGAUGGGCGGUGGUGGUGGUGGAGGUGGAGGUGGUGGUCCGAUGGGACCGCGGAAGAUGAAUGGACCGAUCGAGGUGAUCGGUGCCGGUCCCGGUGGACCGAUGGGUGGUGGCCCUAUGGGUGGAGGUGGCGGCGGUGGUCGACGCGAUGAUAUGAUGGGAAUGCCCAGCCAGCCGAAGGAAAACGUCAUCCAAGUGAUGACGGCGGAUCGGCGCGAGUACAGCCGGACGGUUGUAAGCAACAAGUUUGACCCCCAGGGCAUGGGUGGUCCACCCGGAUUCGUUGGAGGACCACCAGAGUUCUAUCAUCCCGAGCCCGAUUAUUCCGAUUACUACGAUCCGAUGCAGGAAGGCCAGUGGGGCAAUGACAAUGGCAACUGGCAACCAUCGGGCAUUAAAACGCUCACUCCCGGACCACCGAUGAUGCCACCGAACAUGGGAAUGCCACUGCCGCAGCACAUGGAUAUGAUGAGUGGAGGAGGCAGUGGAGGACCGGAACGGAUGGUGAUGCCACCACCGCAGCAGAUGCAGCAGGGCAUGGUAGGCGGUCCCGGUAUGGGCCCUGGUGGUGGACGAUUACAUCCUCCUGGAAUGCCGCCCGGUCGCGGUGGUGAUAUGCGAAAUCCCAACGAUCGCAAGCGGGGUGAUCCACGCGGGGAUCCUCGUGGCGAUCCACGAGAGCAGCGCGAUCGAGAUCGCGAACGUGAACGACGCGAUCGAGAGCGUGAUCGGGAACGUGAGCGAGAGCGUGAUCGAGACCGCGAAAGAGAGCGUAAGGAUCGCGAACGGGGAGAACAUCGAUCGGAUCGUGAUGCAGCGGGGACUAUCGUACCGAAGGAAGAGCCCGGUGUUGAUCCGGUCCCUGCCGUAGCCAGUGGAGGCGCUGUGGCAGGAGGUGCCAGUGGUUCGGGAGGUGGUACGACCGGUGCAGCCAGUGUUCCUACCAGUGGCAGCACCAGCAACAGUGGCUCGUCAAGGGAUGACAAAGAUAAACGAUCCACAAAGUCCUCCGAUCGUCACAAAGACCGUUCUAGCCACCGGGAGCGGUCGCGAAGUCGCGAAAGGUCCAAAUCCCGCCGAUCGGAUCGCAGUCGUGAACGAGAGCAGCGCCACAGUCGCGAUAAGAAGAAAUCGCACCGGAAGGACAAGGAAGAUGGUGAAUGAAGCGAUCUCCGGCUGCUAAGGGUGCUAUGGCGGUGGUGUAGCCUAGCAACGGACUCACCGUCCGGGGGGAAUACAAAUGAUGCUGCAGCAAUGAUGCAGCUAGCGUGUAAGCCGUAUAAUGUGUCACUAGAAUGUAAAUAAAAGAAAAUGUAUGUGUACUGUUUCACGAGAGGGAAACAGAUUCUAAUCGGCUGCAUGCCACCUUGUUCACUUGACCA